UGACAAAUCACGAUAUUUUGCUCAACCUCGUCCAAUAAUUGUUAAUUGUUCAUGGUUAAUUACAAGUUCCCUCUACCUUCAUUUGACAGCAUGGGAGCCUCCCAGUAGCAGAAUGAGUCAGGUUUGUGGAAUUGUUUUGUUUUUCAGUGUAGGAAAGAACAGAAAUCGUUCAUGACAGCCAUUUCGGUGUCCCCGAACAAAUUGAAAUUUUUGGAUAAGGAAAGGAAAACAACAACAUGGCUGUUGAGACGGUCCAAACCAGGGUUUUCUACUUUACUUGAUAGUGCUUUACAUCCAUUGCUAUGACGUCGGCGAGAACCAAUUUCUGUUAAUAGCGUCAAUGUGCCAACAGUCGUGAAAUUUCGGCUUUCUUUAUAUUUUGUUCAAAUAAACUCUAUAUUGAGUUGUCUUGGAAAAUAACUUUCAAAGGUUCUGAAACACUUUAGUUUUUUUGAAAUCGAGGAGAGUUCGAAAUUCGCCAUUUUUAAAACUCUCAUGCUCUGGUAUAUUGUAUCAAGACAAUUUUGGAAGAAAAUUAGCAUCUUCUAGUCUCGUUCUACGGCUCUGUUUUUAAGAAUACAUAAAUUUUUAACCACAAACAAAUCUCCAUUAAUUUUCAAAUUAUGAUUCUGCAAGGGCUAUGCUGUGUGUAGGACAUUUAAAAAUAGCCAUGAAAGUUUCUUAUAUGUUUCUCUCGUAAUUGAUCUUAAUCUCGCCGAGCUGUAAAGCUAUUAGAUUUUCUUUUUAAAAAUACCCCUCUAAAUUUACUCACACUCAGUAUAAGCACAAUUUUUACUAGUGACCAUAAAGACAUAAGGAUGCAAUGCUUUCAUCUAUUGUAUGAAGAAAUGUGAAAGUUUUUGAUCAGAUUUACCAACAAAUUACGAUGGCUUUUUGCGUAUUCCUGCACACUCCAGACAAAAAGUUCCCUUGGGUAAAAACAAAUGAAGUCUCUCCCUAUCCCCCUUAGUGAUAUAGAAACCGAUGAUCCCACCUUAUACCUCUAAAACAAACAACGUCAGAAUCAUGGCAUAAUUUCAUAACACUUCAUGUUUUCUUUUUUCAGCAUGCUAGAGGUCUGGAAUCUAUUCCGACUAUAAACUUAGAAAGACAAGUAACAAUCAGGGACUUCUGUAAACGAAACAACAGAACCAACCACACCUUGGAAAGUAAAAGGCUUUACAAUAUCAUUGUUGAUGAAAAGUUCAAAAUAUUAUUUUGUUACAUUCCUAAAGUUGCUUGUACCCAGUGGAAAACAGUCAUGGCGAGUCUUGAUGGAGCAGAAACAAAACUUGGGAUUCACGAUGCACGAAACUUUAAAUUCUUAGGAAAUUACCCAAUGGAAGAAGUUGACUUAAUGCUGAAAACGUAUUUUAAAUUUGUGUUUGUACGAGAGCCUUUCGAAAGACUUCUCUCCGCCUAUCUUGACAAAUUUUACAGCGGGGAUUCCGAUUUUCACAAUAAUUAUGGACGGGAAAUAAUUAAACGAUACAGACCAGGCGGUAAUCCAGAGCAUAAAAAUAUAACAUUCGACGAGUAUUUAAACUACGUUAUAAACAUUGGAAAAGGGUAUUGGAACGAACACUGGCAAACAUACGACAAACUUUGCCAACCUUGUGGAAUUCAAUACGACUUCAUUGGAAAAUUCGAAAAUCUUGAACAGGAAGCUCCCUAUGUUUUGGAAAUGUCUGGCAUAAGCAGAAAGUUAAAUGUUUCGUUUCCGGAAAUCAAGCCGUCAAGGACGUCUUCCAAAGUUUCAUUUUACUACUCACAAAUCUCCAAGGAGCGACUUUAUGGAGUUCUUCAGUUGUUCUGCAGCGAUACGGAAAUGUUUCAAUAUGAUUUACCAAAAUCGCUUUAUAACAUUUUAGAUCUAUGAGUAGACCC